UGCCCGAGCGGCCGCCGCCCUCUUGCCCCGGCCCCGGCCCGAGCUCCACCAUGUUCCGGCGGAUCUUGCAGCGGACCCCAGGGAGAGCUGGCUCUCAAGGUUCAGAUUCUGAUUCAUCAGCAACACCUGGAAAUGCCUUGGAUGUCAACAAUGAAGGCUCUUCAGAGGGCUUCAUAUGUCCCCAGUGUAUGAAAUCUCAUGGAUCUGCUGAAGAGCUUUUCAAACAUUAUCAGGCAGUUCAUGACUCUGGUAAUGAAUCAAGUCAUGGAGGAGAGGCUUUAAAACGAGAAGAUGUGAUACUACUCCGGCAAGAGGUCCAAGACCUACAGGCUUCACUGAAGGAAGAAAAAUGGUACUCAGAAGAGUUGAAGAAAGAAUUAGAAAAAUUACAAGGGCAGCGGCAGCAAGAAUUCAAACCUGAUGGAUUGGCAGCAGAUUCAGCAGCAGAACUCCAGUCAUUGGAACAACAAUUAGAUGAAGCCCAAACUGAAAACUUUAAUAUUAAACAAAUGAAAGACUUAUUUGAGCAGAAAGCAGCCCAGCUUGCUACAGAAGUUGCAGAUAUAAAGUCAAAAUAUGAUGAAGAAAAGGGGCUUCGAGAAGCUGCUGAACAGAAGGUGACAAGUUUGACAGAAGAGCUAAAGAAAGAGACAACUGUAAUUCAAGAUCUAAAGACUGAAUUGCUUCAAAGACCUGGUAUAGAAGAUGUUGCUGUAUUGAAGAAGGAGCUGGUUCAGGUUCAAACUUUAAUGGACAACAUGACUUUGGAGCGUGAGAAAGAGUCAGAGAAACUCAAAGAGGAGUGUAGAAAGCUACGAACUGAUUGUGUUAACUCAGAGGUCACAAUAAGCCAGUUAAGAAGUGAACUUGCUAAAGGCCCCCAGGAAGUUGCUGUGUAUGUACAGGAGCUGCAGAAACUACAAAGUUCGGUUAAUGAAUUAACUCAAAAAAAUCAGAAUUUGAGUGAAAAGUUAUUGAAGAAAGAACAAGAUUACACUCAAUUAGAGGAGAAACAAAAUGAAGAGUAUGUUUCUAAAAAGAAUAUUCAAGCAAACCUUCAUCAAAAAGAACUAGAUUGUCAACAGCUUCAAUCAAAAUUAUCUUCAUCUGAAGCCUCACUGCAGAGAUUACAGGGAGAGCUUGUGGAAAAGGGGGAGGCGAGCCAGAAACUCAAGGAGGAAUUGUCAGAAGUCGAGAGCAAGUAUCAGCAUCUCAAAGUGGAGUUCAAACAACUUCAGCAGCAAAGAGAGGAGAAAGAACAGCAUGGUUUUCAGCUUCAGAGUGAGAUUAAUCAAUUACACAGCAAACUUUUGGAGACAGAACGACAGCUAGGUGAGGCCCAUGGCAGGCUUAAAGAACAGCGACAGCUCUCGAGUGAAAAACUGAUGGAUAAAGAACAACAAGUGGCUGAUCUACAGUUAAAACUUUCCCGUUUGGAAGAACAGUUGAAGGAAAAAGUAACAAAUUCCACUGAACUGCAGCAUCAGUUAGAUAAAAUAAGGCAGCAGCAUCAAGAUCAGCAGGCCCUUCAGCAGAGCACAACAGCGAAACUUCGGGAAGCGCAGAACGAUUUGGAACAAGUAUUGCGUCAAAUUGGAGAUAAGGACCAAAAGAUCCAAAAUCUUGAAGCCUUGCUACAGAAGAGUAAGGAGAACAUUACAUUAAUUGAAAAAGAGCGAGAAGAUCUUUACGCAAAAAUUCAAGCUGGUGAGGGAGAGACUGCUGUUCUUAAUCAGUUACAAGAGAAAAACCAUACAUUACAAGAGCAGGUAACUCAGCUCACUGAGAAGCUGAAAAAUCAAUCGGAAAGCCACAAACAAGCCCAGGAGAAUUUGCAUGAGCAGGUGCAGGAGCAGAAGGCACACCUGCGAGCUGCACAGGACAGAGUUCUUGCCCUAGAAGCUAACAUUAGUGAAGUGAACAGUCAGUUAAACGAGAGUAAGGAAAAGGUCACCCAGCUUGACUUACAGAUUAUAGCAAAAACUGAAUUAUUGCUGUCUGCUGAAGCAGCAAAAACUGCUCAAAGAGCAGAUCUUCAGAAUCAUUUGGAUACAGCUCAGAAUGCAUUGCAAGACAAGCAACAGGAGCUCAAUAAAAUCAGUAAUCAGUUGGAUGAAGUAACUGCCCAGCUACAUGAUAAGCAAGAUCACUGUGCCCAGCUGGAAACCUUCAUUAAGGAAUUAAAAGAGAAGCAGCUCUCUUAUGAACAGAGAGCUGAAGAAUUAGAGGGCCAAGUAAAGAAACUGGAGGCUGAUAUUCUUGAAGCUAAAGCAAGUAAGGAACAAAUUUUACAUGAUCUACAAGAGCAAAGGCAGCAGAAUGCCGAGUUAAAUCUCCGAGCUGCAGAGCUGAGUCAACAGCUGGAAGCUGAGAGAGAAGUCGUCUCUACUGCCCAUUUGGAUCUACGGAAGAAAUCUGAUGCCCUCGAACACGCAACACAAAUGCUGUCCAAACAUGAGAAGGAAAAAUCCGACCUUAAGCAAGAACUUCAGAAAUUACAUCAAGACGCAGAGAGUCAGCGUAAGGAAUUGGAUGGCAAGAUGCAAGCAGCAGUGACAGACUUACAACAAGUGAAGAUGGAGAGAGACCGGCUGCUAAAGGAACUUUCCACAACCAAAGACAAAUUAGCAAAAACCUCCGAGUCUUUGAAAGACUCAAAGAAUGAAUUAGAAAAGGAAAAGCAGAGUGGAAAAACAGCUUCAGCAGAAUUGGAAAAGAUUUGCAAGGAACUAAAACAUCAAGUGCAGACUGAAUGUGCCGUUAAGGAAAAGAAUGAAAAGGAAAAGAAGUUAGUUGAAAAGGAGAAGGAGGCUGCUCAGCAGUUGAAGUUGCACCCCAGCUCUGCAAAGGAACAAGUCUCACACGUCCAAAAUGAUUCAAAAGAAAGGGAAAGAGAGGAGCAGCAACUUCAGGGGAAACUCAAUUCACUAAAGCAACUACUCGAGCAGAGAAAGAAGCAGACUGAAGAACUUCAAGACAAAAUGAAAACGACACUUUCCCAGAAGACAGAGCUUGAGAAUAAACUACAGCAGCAGAUAAUGCUCUCAUCCCAGGACCUCACAGCAGAGAGAGACAAGCUAUCAGCGUUACAGCACACGUACGAAAAGAGUCAGGAAGACCUCAAACAGCUUCAGUCUGACUUCUACGGGAAAGAGUCUGAGCUGCUAGCAACAAGACAGGAUCUCAAGUCUGUAGAAGAAAAGCUCUCUCUGGCUCAGGAGGACUUGAUUUCAAACCGAAACCAACUUGGAAACCAGAAUAAAAUGAUUCAAGAGCUUAAGACUGCCAAGGCCUCUUUGGAGCAAGAUGUGUCCAAAAAAGAGCAGCAGUUACAGGAGCAGGGAAAAGCACUGCAAUCUGUGCGAAACGACAAGUCACUGAAAGAAAAAGAACUAGCUAAUGAGAAGUCCAAACUGAUGGAACUACAAGAAGUUAAGGGUAGGCAGGAAAAAGAGAUUUCCAAAUUGAGUGAAGAACUUGGGUCCUGCAAACAAGAAAGCCUGAAGGAAAUAACAAAUCUAAAGGAUGCCAAACAGUUAUUGAUUCAGCAGAAACUAGACCUUCAGGGCAAAUUAGAUGCCCUGGAGUCAGCUCUUGAACAGGAAAAGAAAAACCAACAAGUAGUAAAAGAUCAGUUGAAAAAGACUGAAGAUGAUCUGAAGAAAGAAUUCGCUGAGAAGGAAGCCAAAUUGCAUGCAGAAAUAAAAGAAAAGGAAGAGAAAAUUAGGAAGCAUGAAGAGAACGAGACGAGGCUUGCCAUGCAAGUGACAGCUUUGAAUGAGAAUUUGGGCACGGUAAAGAAAGAAUGGCAGGCCAGCCAACGGAGAGUUAGUGAACUAGAGAAACAGAUAGAUGACCUACGGGGCGAAAUUGCAGUAUUGGAAGCAACUAUUCAAAAUAAUCAAGAUGAAAGGAGAGCACUGUUGGAAAGGUGUCUCAAAAGUGAGGGUGAAAUAGAGAAGCUUCAAGCCAAAGUACUAGAAUUGCAGAGAAAACUGGACAACACAACUGCAGCAGUGCAGGAAUUAGGCAGAGAAAAUCAGUCAUUACAGAUCAAACAUACACAAGCUUUAAAUAGAAAAUGGGCUGAAGAUAAUGAGGUACAGAACUGCAUGGCCUGUGGAAAAGGCUUUUCGGUCACCGUGAGACGGCAUCAUUGUAGACAGUGUGGAAAUAUCUUUUGUGCUGAAUGUUCAGCCAAAAAUGCCUUAACUCCUUCUUCCAAGAAGCCUGUUCGUGUCUGUGAUGCGUGUUUCAAUGACUUACAAGGAUAACUGUUAUCAUGUUCAUCAAACAAGAUUACACUAACAUUAGAGUUUUAAUAAAUGCACUUCAUAGAGUACUUGGACUACUAUUUGAUUUAGACAGUGGUUGUAAUACUUGGCAAAAUCAGUAUAUUUUGAAAUGUUUAUUAAGAUCCAGUAAAACUCUUCUAUUUUUGUGAGACUUGGGCUCAUCACCUGUUGUUUUCUUUCCACUUACCCUGAAAACAGCUUUCAUGCCUAGUUUAGAAUUAUCUAGUUAAAUGUAAAUAAAUUUUGAACAGAGAA